CCCUAAUAAUCAAGUGGUUCCAUUCAUGGUUGCAUUGUAUUUUGUUCUAUUACUUCGAAGCCUCUACAGAUGGUUAUUUCGAAGAAGAGUCUUUAAUUGUUGUGACAUGAUAAAGAGUCUUUACUUGUUGUGACAUGGUAAUGGUCGACUGCUCCACGUUUUUCGAACAAAAGCGUCAUGCAAAUUGGCGGAGAUGGUUAUUGUUCACAUGUAAUACCUCACUGGUGCCUUCUAAGCGGCUCAUUCACUCCUACAUUAUGUAUACCGUUAAUUUGUUAUUGUAAUGAUACCGAACUCCAUCGGUAGAAGUGGUAGGUAUUACAAUCUGGCGAGGAUUUUAUAUAUGCUACGUGGACAGAAAUUGUAAUAUAUGAUAAGCCCGAACUUAUGAUAAAUCUAGCAUCGAGUUACAAGGUUUGUAUAUAACGCGUUCUACUGGCAGACUGGGUAUCCCCAGGGAAAAAAACUCCUAUAACUAGUGAAACCUGAAUAUUCAUGUUUUUUUAUUCAACUUUUUUAGGAAAAAAAAAAAUCAUUGUUCGAGUUGACUUAAUGAAUGUUAGAACUUUGCAUUCAUAUAACUCCCUUCUUUAGGUGUUUAGCAAUUUAAAGUACGUAAAUAUGAAACUCUCAAAAUUAUUAAGUAAAAUCUGCUUGAGAAACACCAACUAGCGUACGUGGUAUUGUUGACCAAUCAACGUUAUCAUAGUAGUCACGUGAGCACACAAUGCAUGCUGGGUUAACACUUGGUCUGCCAUUUUGUCUCAUCCCGGCGAUUCCUUCGCUCAUUGUCGUUUCGUUAGCUGUAAACUAAAAGGAACCACCAACAGGCUCAAAUAUCAGAGAACUACACCAGUUUCCAGGGCCCUUCGGCGCUCGUGGGCUCUCAAGCUAAUCCUUACAUGGUCGGCUGUACAAACCCCUACGUUUAUCAGCUGCCUGACGGUACAAUCGUGGACAUGGCAACGAAACGUAUUUACAAACGGCCUCCACAAACGACCAGACACUUUAACGGCAUCCUGGUAAAAUCGCUUCCACCAUCACCACCCCCCGAGAAGAACCCAUUUCCUCACAGUACGUGUGCUGUGGUCCCGGUCAUUGAUCUGACCAAAGACGAUAGCGACGAAGAAACGGUAGAUACAUUUCCGAAAAUUGUAUCCGCUUUCAGCUUAGCGUCUGAAUACGCGCCGUUAUCUAUUAAGGAUGCCUCGGAAAUACUAAGUAAGGAGAAUGACGCAUACCCUGGUGGUUUUAUCGACUUGACUGAGACUUCUGUUAUGUGGAGUACAUGUGACGUCAGCAUGAGAAGUGACGUCAUGGGUGACGUGACGAACCUUCCAAGCUGCGUGAGUAACAACCCGGCUAAAGUUUUAUUCGACAAGAGUCUCAUUUUGGGCGAACACAAAAGGCAAGUUUAUUCUCUGAAUGAGAAGACUACAACUGAUAUUUGUCGCCCGAGAGGACAUCAAGCACCUGUACCAGAACCGCAAGAAAAGUCUGUUAGCAAGAGAAAAUCUAAGCAUGAAAUUCGUAAAGAUUUCUCUGAACAAUCGCCUCUAAAAGAUGGGGCAAAGAAGGAGAGCCAGCCACUUGAGGGCGUGGCAAUACCUUGUGCUGGGGAGAGUGAAGGGACACCUUGGUCUUUCCGCAUCACAUCUCCCGUACUCACUUCAAGGCAGGCGAAAAUCGAGAAUCUAAAAAGAGAGCUGUCAAAGCAUGAGAAAACUGUUGAGAAAUUAAGGGGUGAAAAGCGUAAAGAUGUACAAAAAACAUCACCGCUACAAAAGCAGAACACUAUAGAAAAGCUUCGAGCAAGAAAGCGAAGUGCAAGAAAGCGCACUGUAAGGACCCUCGUCAUCAAAAUUGAUGAUUUAAAAAGCUUCUUGCCAUCUAUUGCAGACGGUAAAAAUAAAUUUCGAGUAGGUUUGUCGAAAGACGGCAGAACUACUGCGGAUGGUGUACCUUUGGUUAAACGCAGACGCAACUUGCAGCUUAGUCGACACACUCCCGUUAACACCUACCCAAGCUACGUUGUAUUUGAGAAUUUACCAAAGUAUAAAGGCAAGAAACUUAAGUCAGCAGAACGCGUGAAAAGGUGCGAUUCGCCCAAGCCUUCUCCGAGCAGCAGUGACAAUGAGGACGCAGACGCGACGUUUAAUCGCUCGCGCAAACGCGCGCGUCCCGCAAAGCGCAAUCGCGGGAGAAAUGUUUCUAUUGGUCGAGAGUUCUUUAGCGUCCCUGUAAUACCGAAGGACCUGUGGCACAAAGAACUUGAGAAGGUCGAGGAGACCAUAGCUGAUGUUAGUAAGACGCUCAAUCAAGACUCAUUCUUACUGUGUCUAGGUUUAAAGAAGAGUUAACUCCAUCUAUAGUUUUUUUAAUUUCCAGGACUUCGUUGGUCUAUUUUGAGGACUUUUUAAAAAUUUUUUUUACUAAGGUACAGAUUGUCACAUUGCAAAGCUAUUUAUUUCAAUAAUAAUCAAAAUUAAAAAGGUAUAUCAUAUAUAUAUGAAUAUGGUAUGCAUCGUUAAGGUACAUUACUUACUGUAAUGCAUAUACGUCAAGAUGGACAUUAUUUGUCGUAAAUACACCGUGUUUAAAAGUUA